AUGUCUAAGAGGCGGCUAUUUCGCUGGCCUGCCCGCCGCACUGCCGGCCUGGGAUGUCUUGCUCUCCUUGUCACCUCCAUGGUAUCUUGGUAUCUCUAUGUCCACCAAGAAACUCCCAACAACGACCACGACAUCGUGACAUCCCAACUGGCCCAACUUACCAGUACUUACAGCAAUGCGACAAAUGACAUUGGCUUAGUAUUGGCUGCGACCGUGAAAGAGGACCUCACCUGGCUCCUCAACUACUGCAAAGACCACGGCUCAAUUCCCUUCAUCUACACGACCGACCAGCCCCCUGCUCCCUAUCUCCUUGUUCCGCGUACUAUUCGUGGCCGCGAAGCCGCCGCCUACCUUUCCUUCGUCGUCGACUUCUAUCACCAACUCCCGAAGUAUACCAUCUUCAUCCACUCGAACCUCGACCAAUGGCACAAUGACCUCUUCGGUCCCCACACCAGCCCCGCGCUGAAGAACCUCCGACUUGAGGCCGUCGACGCGCAGGGUUACGUGAACCUUCGGUGCGAGCACGACCCGGGAUGUCCCACGAGCGUGCACCCUUGGAGCCCGACACAAAUCGAUAUUGAGAAGGACGACAUCCGCGCGUUUUUCCCAGAAGUGUAUGAGACGAUCCUGGGCGUACCGGCUGAGAAGGUGCCCGAACACAUCGGAAAUGUGUGCUGCGGACAGUUCGCCGUCAGCCGAGAACGGAUCCUGGAACGGCCACGCGAAGACUACGAGCGCAUGCUGAAAUGGGCAGAGGAGACGGAGCUGACGGAUAGCUUUGGCGUGGGAUGGGUGUAUGAGAAGAUCUGGCAUAUCAUUUUCGGAAUGGAUGUGAUAUAUUGCCCCCGGUACGAGCAAUGCCGGUGCGAUACGUACGGAUGGUGUGGACCGUUGGCGUCUGGUGAGACACUGCAGGCAGUGCGAGCGAAGAAGUCAUAA